AUGCGCGAAAGAUACAGGCAUAUUGUCGACAUGAGUGAUGAAGAUAAGGAGCGUUUGAGGAAAUUUCACAUGGAUCUUAACACAGCAGUCAACAGUGACAAUCCUGCUAAUUUGAAGUCCUGCCUUAGUAGUUAUAUACUCAAUAACAAGGGCAAGGUUAUGACGAUGAAAUUGCCUACCUUUCCACUUCCAUCUCCCGAAGAAGUUCGUGUUCAUAGAUUCAUGGAAGGCUGCACAUUCAAGUCAGUUAUCAGUUGCGCUGGAGGUAUGGUACUUGGAGGCGUUUUCGGAUUGUUUACUGCUAGCAUUGAUCCUCUUAGUACCGUUACUGGGACAGAGACUGUUACCACUAGGGCAGUUGCCAAGGAAAUGUAUUCACGUGCUGUAUCUCAUGGUAAGAAUUUCGCUGUCAUUGGUGGUUUAUUCGCUGGAACCGAAUGUGCACUCGAGACAGUACGAGGGAAAUCCGAUAUACUUAAUAGUGUGAUGACCGGCGCUCUUGUAGGUGGAUCAAUUGGUCUUCGAGCUGGUCUUCAAGCAGGAUUUGCAGGAGCCGCCGGUUUUGCAGCAUUUUCCACUCUCAUAGAUUACUACUUCAGGCACAUGUGA